GGGUACCAGCCAUGGGGUGUUGUGAGGUGGGGAGAUUGCUCUGGAGAGUCGGCCUCUUCCUCCCCCUGCUGACGGCGCGCCCCGCCACCGCCGGUCACGUCGCCAGCAACCACGUUGUGUUACUUGACACUACAGCUGUCCUUGGAGAACUAGGAUGGAAAACAUUUCCUUUAAAUGGGUGGGAUGCCAUAACUGAAAUGGAUGAACACAAUCGUCCCAUUCAUACUUACCAGGUCUGUAACGUGAUGGAACCAAACCAGAACAACUGGCUUCAAACAAACUGGAUCUCCCGUGAUGCUGCACAGAAAAUUUAUGUGGAAAUGAAAUUUACCCUGAGGGACUGUAACAGUAUUCCAUGGGUACUGGGAACCUGCAAGGAAACUUUCAAUCUCUACUACAUGGAGUCAGAUGAGUCUCAUGGAGUAAAAUUCAAACCAAACCAAUACACUAAAAUUGAUACUAUUGCAGCUGAUGAGAGCUUUACCCAGAUGGACUUGGGUGACCGCAUUCUUAAACUCAACACAGAAGUUCGUGAGGUUGGGCCAAUAAACAAGAAAGGAUUUUAUCUUGCUUUUCAGGACAUCGGAGCAUGCAUUGCUUUGGUCUCAGUCCGUGUUUAUUACAAGAAGUGCCCUUUCACGGUCCGAAAUUUGGCUAUGUUUCCUGAUACCAUUCCAAGGGUUGAUUCUUCCUCUUUGGUGGAAGUACGGGGCUCCUGUGUGAAGAGCGCUGAGGAACGCGAUACUCCAAAAUUGUAUUGCGGAGCAGACGGGGAUUGGCUUGUGCCUCUAGGCCGAUGCAUCUGCAGCAUAGGAUAUGAAGAAGUGGAUGGUUCCUGCCAUGCUUGCAGGCCUGGAUUCUAUAAAGCAUUUGCUGGAAAUGUAAAGUGCUCCAAGUGCCCUCCACACAGUUUGACUUACGUAGAAGCAACUUCUGUCUGUCAGUGUGAGAAAGGUUACUUCAGAGCUGAGAAGGACCCACCAACUAUGGCAUGUACCCGGCCACCUUCUGCUCCAAGGAAUGUGAUUUUUAACAUUAAUGAAACAGCUCUCAUGUUGGAAUGGAGCCCCCCAAGUGAUACUGGAGGAAGAAAAGAUCUCACUUACAGUGUCAUCUGUAAGAAAUGUGGGUCUGAUGCCAGCCAGUGUGAGAUCUGUGGUGGAGGUAUCCGUUUCAUCCCCAGGCACACAGGUCUCAUCAACUCCUCUGUAACAGUGCUUGACUUUGUGUCGCACGUGAACUACACCUUUGAAAUAGAAGCCACAAAUGGGGUCUCAGAGCUGAGUUUCUCUCCCAAGCAGUUCACAGCUAUCACGAUUACCACAGACCAAGAUGGAAGGCCCUGGGUUCUUUCACUGAUGAGGCUAGCAAAAAUCUGCUUACCUGUUUAUUUAGGACAAGUAGUUGUGUUGAUGACACCCUCCUUGAUAGGUAUGGUAAGGAAGGACUGGGCUUCCCAAAACAGCAUUGCCCUCUCCUGGCAAGAGCCGGACUUUCCCCAUGGAGCAAUUCUGGACUACGAGAUCAAGUACUAUGAGAAAGUCUACCCACGGAUAGCGCCGGCAUUUUGGCACUACCUGCGGGUAGAAGAGCAUGAGCAGCUCAGCUAUUCCUCCACAAGGUCCAAGGCUCCAAGUGUUAUCAUCACAGGUCUCAAGCCAGCCACCAAGUAUAUAUUUCAUAUCAGAGUCAGGACGGCAGCAGGAUACAGCGGCUAUAGCCAGAAGUUUGAAUUUGAAACUGGAGAUGAAACUUCUGAUAUGGCUGCGGAGCAGGGACAAAUUCUUGUAAUUGCCACGGCUGCUGUUGGUGGAUUCACUCUGCUGGUCAUCCUCACUUUGUUCUUCCUCAUCACUGGAAGGUGCCAGUGGUACAUAAAGGCCAAAAUGAAAUCUGAAGAGAAAAGAAGGGCUCAUUUGCAGAACGGGCAUUUACGUUUUCCGGGCAUCAAAACAUAUAUUGAUCCAGACACGUAUGAAGACCCAUCUCUUGCUGUCCAUGAAUUUGCAAAGGAAAUAGAUCCUUCAAGAAUUCGUAUUGAGAGAGUUAUUGGGGCAGGUGAGUUUGGAGAAGUGUGCAGUGGACGUUUGAAGACACCAGGAAAAAGAGAGAUACCUGUUGCAAUUAAAACUCUGAAAGGUGGCUAUGUGGACAGGCAGAGAAGAGAUUUCCUGAGAGAGGCUAGUAUCAUGGGACAAUUUGAUCACCCAAAUAUAAUUCGCCUUGAAGGAGUUGUUACAAAAAGAUCCUUUCCGACCAUUGGGGUGAAGUCUCUUUCGAGAUUCCUGAGGGCGGGAUUUUUAAAUAGCAUCCUGGCCUCACAUCCAGUGUCAGGGGGUGGAUCUUUACCCCCCAGCAUUUCCUCUGGCAGACCAGUAAUGAUUGUAGUUGAAUACAUGGAGAAUGGAUCCCUUGACUCCUUUCUGCGGAAGCAUGAUGGCCACUUCACAGUCAUCCAGCUGGUUGGCAUGCUGCGGGGGAUUGCAUCUGGCAUGAAGUACCUCUCAGACAUGGGCUAUGUACACCGUGAUCUGGCAGCCCGUAAUAUCUUGGUCAACAGUAACCUCAUGUGUAAAGUCUCCGAUUUUGGUUUGUCACGAGUGUUAGAGGAUGAUCCUGAGGCUGCUUACACAACAAGCGGUGGAAAAAUCCCCAUACGAUGGACUGCUCCUGAAGCUAUAGCUUACAGAAAGUUCUCUUCAGCAAGUGAUGCGUGGAGCUAUGGGAUUGUAAUGUGGGAGGUGAUGUCCUAUGGUGAGAGACCAUACUGGGAGAUGUCCAACCAGGAUGUUAUACUGUCUAUCGAAGAAGGCUACAGGCUUCCAGCUCCCAUGGGCUGCCCAGCUUCUCUUCACCAACUAAUGCUUCACUGCUGGCAAAAGGAGAGGAACCACCGUCCAAAAUUUAGUGACAUUGUCAACUUCCUAGACAAACUGAUCCGCAAUCCCAGCACCCUUCAUACGCUAGUGGAGGAUGUACUUGUAAUGCCAGAUUCACCUGGUGAAGUUCCAGAAUAUCCUUUGUUUGUUUCAGUCAGUGACUGGCUGGACUCCAUAAAAAUGGGUCAGUAUAAAAAUAACUUCAUGGCAGCGGGUUUCACAACUUUGGAUACGGUCUCAAGAAUGAGUAUUGAUGACGUUAGAAGAAUUGGAGUUGUACUCAUUGGACACCAGAGACGAAUAGUCAGCAGUUUACAGACUUUGCGGUUACACAUGAUGCACAUACAGGAGAAAGGAUUUCAUGUAUGAAAGUACUAAAAUCAACUGUGUUUUGUGCCUCAGCAUUUCUAAAAUGGAAAAUAUUCCCAAUCUCCCCUUCUGCUCUUCCUAACUUCAAGAACUGCAGUCUCCAGUUCAGACUAUAAAAGUACUUCUGUGUUAAUGCUUCCAAACUGGAAUUUUUAAUCACACUGCAUAGCUCCUCCACCAGUUAUCUGCCAAUAAAAUCCUGGCCUACUGCAAGACUCUUGCUACACAUUGAUGAAUAACUCAGCAUGGAUGUGUAACUUUGUAUAACAGUAUUUGGGAAACUUUCAUGAACUUCCUUGAAAGUAAUAAUCUAUUUGGCCUGGUGUGGCUUCUUUAUCGAUGUAUUUAGAGUUUGCUGGUAGAUCAAAAAGUAUUUGACUUCUUUCAUGUUCUGUGACCAUGUAACUUCCAAUGCCAAAUGUGCAAUCAAAAAAGUUUGACAUAACUAUUUAUUUUAUUUCUUAACUAAAUCCAAAUGUAUGGGUCCUAUCAUUGUAUUACUUUAUAAUAAUACUUUGAAUGCUGAUAAGCUGGUGCCUCAAAGUGUUAAUAUUGUUUGCAGGAAUGACUGAUUUUAUGUAGUGAAUUUUCAUUGUGUGAACAACUGGGAGGAUAGUGAGAGAAAUCUGUUUGAAAUCUUCAGGUCCUUGAUUUUUAAUUACUUUAGCACUUGACACUUUUUAUGCUUUAAAUUUUAGAUUAGGUUGGGAAACUUGUUCAUUCUUGGGAUUCUUCACCAUCCUAGAACAACUUCUUUUUUUUCCUUUGUUGUUUUUCUUUUCU